CAAAUAACUUUUCUUCGACUCUAAAUUCACAAAUAAUUCUCCCCCAUCCCCGAUUUGGCAAAAAGCCCCGAAUCACAGCAAUAAGAGAAUAGCCAGUAGCUACGACCGAAAGCAAACAAAGCUGGUUCCCUUUAUUCUUCUACAUCCUUCGCACGAAUCCUAUUCCUUUCAGCUUUAUGCCUUAGAUGAUGUCUCUAGUUGCUUAUAAAAUAUGCAGGCCAAUGUUCUUUUUUGUAAUUUCUUUCUCCUUUGUGCUUGCAUUUGCCAGGUGUUGCAAUGGGUUUGGCAAUAUCAAGGCUUCUGAAGCUGCUCUUUGCUAAGAAAGAAAUGAGGAUUCUGAUGGUGGGCUUAGAUGCAGCCGGAAAAACAACUAUCCUCUACAAGUUGAAGCUUGGAGAGAUUGUUACUACCAUACCCACUAUUGGGUUCAAUGUUGAAACUGUUGAAUACAAAAACGUUAGCUUCACUGUCUGGGAUGUUGGAGGACAGGAUAAGAUUCGACCAUUAUGGAGACAUUACUUUCAGAACACUCAGGGCCUUAUAUUUGUGGUGGAUAGCAAUGACAAGGAAAGGAUUUCAGAAGCCAGAGAUGAGCUUCAUAGGAUGCUGAAUGAGGAUGAACUACGAGAUGCAACAUUGCUUGUAUUUGCCAAUAAGCAAGAUCUUCCAAAUGCAAUGACUGUUUCAGAAAUCACUGAUAAACUUGGCCUACACUCGCUUCGCCAGCGAAGAUGGUACAUUCAAUCUACUUGUGCUACCUCUGGCCAAGGACUCUAUGAGGGACUUGAUUGGCUAUCCAGCAAUAUCUCUAGCAAGGGGUAAUCCGAGGAGCCAUGGAAGCUUGGAUACUUAGUUAAAGAAAGACUUGAAGUUUCCUUAUCCUACAAGAGAAAAGCUUGUAACUAGAACUUCACAUGGUAUGAAGUAAUUACUGUAGCAAGCUGAUAUUACUACUACUACUACGACAUCGUUCUAUGUAAUUUGAUUGGAGAGUUGAGUGCAGUGUGAUCAAUACUUAUAUCAACUAUAUAUUAUCUUCAAAACUGUAUUAUCUUCAAAAGGGUAUGGAGAAAAAUGGAUGAUUCUUCAUUUCAGAAUAAUAUUGUCAAAGGAUUUGUAUCAA